UCCUAAGUCUUUGAUCAUGGGUGCUAAGAUUAAAAUAGUGUUCUUGUUCGCAACGCUUGCUGUUCUUUUGAUUAAGGCAGUGCGCAGCGAAAAGGAUUCGAACGAAGAUGAGGUCAAACAGGAUCUCGACAACCUGUUAGAACAUCAGCAAGACCUUAGGAACAGGAUCGAGGAGCGUUUGGUAGAAGGUCUCGGCUAUGUCAAAAUAGCACGCGAAGAAAUCAAGUCUGCCGAUAGCUGCUCUGCAGUGCAUGAUUCGUUGGGUAAAAUUGUGACUUUUUUGCGUGAGGACGAAGAGGACUGCUCAAAAGAAACUCAUGAAGCCAUCUGCGAGAACUUGUGUGUGCUAUUGAAAUACGACGAAACUUACAAAGGCGAGUGCAAAAUUCUUGACACUCGCAUCGGUGAAGAUGUGCUAAAAAUGAGACAGGUCAAACUGGACAAGAACGAUUCGGCGGUCUGCGAUCUCGUCAAGGAAAAGAACGGAGCCUUAAAAAAGCUGACCAGGGCAAAAAACGCGUACCAGAGUGAUAUAGUCUGGAGUCGAGUAGUCUCGAGGAAAGCCUUUAAUAUCACCCACAACGGUCUCGCGGUGUUGAAAAGGGUGGAUAUGGAGUUGAAAGGAGGCCAGAAACGUCCCGGAAAUCUCCGGGAGUCAGCACGGAUCGUCGAGGCAGCCCGUGAUCUUCGCGAUAAAUACAACUGCUUCCAGGAUGACUAAUCAGGUCACCAACGAGAUCUAUCGGAUACAACUGAGAGACUUCGGAUAUAAGAGGAAUACUCGUAGGGGGAGUAUUUACUACGUCUCACAGUGGAUCGAAUCAAUUGGAGAGGUCGGACAAAAUUUGGAAAUUUUACAAGCUCAUAACUCCAUUUUUACAAAAAAUUGAGGUUUUAAAAAUGGUUCCACUGGUUUGUUCGUGAGAUUUUCUGCUAGAGGCACUCCAAAAUAUUUAAAAUGUGACGAAAUAAACAUCAAACUUUGCAGUUUUAGUAAAAAUUUCAUGUCCUAAUUUUCUGAUUGACUCGAUCCAUUGUGCAUCUGUGCCACUAUGUGAUUUUCUAUACUUGAAGAUAAAUGAGACGACAAUACUUGCCCUAUGUAAGUUUUUUUGUACAAAGCGUAGAAUGAUCAUCAGAUUUUAAGAACUGAAUGAUUUAGAGACAUCCUAAUUUGAACUUUUUAAAAUACAAAUUUGUAUGCAAG